CUCCUUCCUCAACAUGUGGGGGUUCGGCAAUGCUGCUCUCGCGCGGCCCGCAGGCACGUGGGUCGGGCCGGUGGAGCGAGCGAUGACGGGCACCGCACUCGGCUACUACCAGUGGAUGUUCCUGCUGAUGUGCGUCGUCGACUCCGCCUGGCUCUCGCUGCCGCACACCGUCCUCGGCUCGACCUUCCCCCUCUGCGCGCUCCUCUACAUCGCGGAGCUCCUCUGCUUCAACCGCGACUGGCUCCCCUGCAAGGAGGUGUGGGCGGUCGUUGGUGUCGGCGCUGGCGGCGCGCGCUUGGAUGACGCUGGAUGCGCUGCUGCACCCGGGCAGAACCGACCCUGCAAGCCAAUCCCGUGGCCGUACUCCUUCACGCCCUUCAACCGCUUCUGGCUUGGCGAGGCCACCUCCCUCGUCGCCAUCUGCUGGUUCACGCACAUGCAGCACGUGCGCAUAGUCGCCCUCGGAGAGCCCCAGCAGCAGCGGCAGCAGCAGCAGCAGAGGUCUGCGCGCUCCGCCCCCGAAGCCGCCAAAUCGCGCGCCGCGCAGAUGCGGACCCAGGGCGCGCCCGCGAGCGACCGGCACCGCGCCGCUGCAUUCGCGCAACGGUCGCGGGGAGGGAGGGAGAGGCGGCCUCUGGCCUAUGAGAGGCUGGCUUACGAAAAGGCGGGCGCAAGAGGAGUGCGGGUAAGCAUGCCGAUGGUGUGAGGACGCGGCAAUAAUAGGACGAAGUAGCCAAUUUUAACCAAUUAUGGUAGGACCUC